AAGAGCAGUUGUAGAGAUGGAUGAGUAUGGAAUUAAUGGAAUCUAUGAAACACUACACGCUUAGUGCUGACGAAUUUAGUGACUUUUGCUCAAGUGGGCUCCUUUUCCUCUCAAAUCAAACGCUUGUUUUCUGUGAUUUCUUCUGCAUGAGACGAGAUCGAGCGGCUUAAUUCUCUCUUGCUUUUCGCCCUCACUGCUCGGGAGAAAUAGACUUUGAAAUUUGUAAUGGGGGCUGCACCGUCUAAGGUUGAAGAAGAUAAGGCAUUGCAGCUAUGUCGUGGAAGGAAGAAGUUUGUGAGACAAGCACUUGAUGGAAGAUGUUCAUUAGCUGUCACUCAUAUAACUUACAUAGAUGCAUUGAGAGAUUUAGGAACAGCUCUCAUGAUGUUUGUUGAACUAGGACCAGAAGUUCCAAUUGAAUCGUCACGCUACACUUCUUCCACUACUGCCACGCCAGAGCCACUUGCGUUAACUGAAACCUCGCUUUCUCAUUUUAAUUCGAGGCGUAUGAACAGGCCUAUUCACUAUCAUUCUAACCAUAUGAAGUCUAGGGAUGGGCCAAUUUCCAAGAAGAUUGAAGAGAAACUUCCUACACCUGUUAUUGGUUCUGUAAUAUCUUCAAGUUCCCAACGCAACAAUGUUGAUGCAUCCUCGCCUCUUUGGGACUAUUUUGGUCCUUCUCAUCCGAUUGACAGUCAUCUUUCAUUUGGAAAUGGAUUGAACCAAGAUCUGGACAUUGCUGAUGAGAUAAGACGACUUAGAAAAGAAGAGGGAAUUCCUGAUCUUGAAGAUGAAGAAGAUAAUCAUUCUUUUGAAAAAGAAGACUCACAUGACUCGGAAGAUGAAUUUGAUGAGCCAUCCACUGAUACCUUAGUUCGAAGCUUUGUUAACAGGGCAACAGAGCAUGUAGACCAAAAUGGAGAUAAUAAAAGGGAGUCUCCUGAUUUGUCUCCAUUAACUACUGCUUCAACUUCUGGAAAUACAUUUCAUAAUCAUAAUAAUAAUAAUAAUAAUAAUAAUGUUAAUGUUAAGAAUGUUACUGAGAAUAGAGCAGCAACUCCUAAGGAUUUAUUCUCGAGCGUGAAAGAUAUCGAGUAUCUGUUUGUCAAAGCUGCUGAAUCUGGUCGAGAUGUUCCGAGGAUGCUCGAAGCAAAUAAAUUUCAUUUUCGCCCAGUUUUUCCUGGGAAAGAUACUGGUUCUAUGACACUAAUGAUGGUGAAAGCUUGUUUCUCUUGUGGGAAGGAUCCUGCUCAUGUUCAAGAAGAGCCUGUUCAAAAUACUGUAAAGUACUUAACUUGGCAUCGAACUGCUUCAUCGCGUUCUUCUUCAUCACUAAAUACUCUUGGUCCAACAAACGCAAUCGAUGAAGUUGAAGAUUUCACCAGCAAUCUUUUACAAAAUUGUAUGAUAUCUGGAAGUCAUGCCUCCACUUUAGACAGGCUAUUUGCAUGGGAGAGGAAGCUUUACGACGAAGUCAAGGCUAGCAAGAUAGUCAGGGGACAGUAUGAUGCAAAAUGUAAACUCUUAAGACAGUUGGAAUCAAUGGACGAAAGCAAAACCAAGAGUGAUAAAGUUCGAGCUGUUGUCAAGGAUCUGCACUCGAGAAUCGGGGUUGCAAUUCACAGAAUUAACACGAUCUCAAAGAAGAUCGAGGAAUUGAGAGACAACGAACUACAACCGCAACUGGAAGAGUUGAUUGAAGGAUUAAGGAAGAUGUGGGAAGUAAUGUUAGAAUGCCAUAAUCUUCAAUUCAACAUCAUAUCAGCAGCUUAUAAUAAAUCCAACAGUAGAAACUCAGCGAAUCAACAAAGGCAGGCUGCCCAUCUAAAAUCCCAACUAGACAAUCUGUGUUCGAGUUUUACAAAAUGGUUCGAUGCCCAGAGAAUGUAUCUUCAGUCUUUGAACGGUUGGCUUCAACAAUGCAUAACUCUUCAAGAACAAUCAAAGAGGAGGAAAAGAGGGAGAAGGGAAGGACCACGCCCACGUGACUAUGGACCGCCCAUCUACACUACAAUCGAAGUUUGGUUGGAAUUGAUUUUGACAUUACCAGAUAAGGCAGUUACCGAUUCUAUAAAAGGCUUAGCCUCUGAAAUCAACUGUUUUCUUCCGAACCAAGACAGUCACAAUAAGCAGACGAAUGUCCUCUCAUCUAAUAACAACAAUGAUGCUCACAGUAAUUUGUCGGACCCAAAUGGACAUGGAUUUGAUCGUUUUCAUAAAGCCCUUGCUGGUUUUCUCAGUCAGUUGAGCAUUUUCGCAGAGGCGUCUGUUAAUACGUUUAUUCGGCUUCAAAAGGAGAUUCAGAAUGCCAAGAACAAUUAUAACCAUCGAAAAUCCUUGCCCCGUGGAUAGCCAUGAAGAUUGGAAUUUAUGAAUGAAUUAUAUCAUAUCAUAUAUCAUAAUAAAAAUAUUAGUUACUUACUGUGGCUGUUAUAUAUAGUUUGUAAUUAAUUACAUCAAUGUUGGAUUUUUGUAGGUAAUAAAGUGGUGUUAUGAAUUCUUUCUCAAUUCUAGAAAA